AUGAACAUUGAGAAACAGAUGAAGAUUUAUACAAAGAGAGAGAACAAAUAUGUAGUUCGUUAUGAUAGAACAACACCGUUAUGGGAUGUUAUGAAAACAUUGUGGGAGUGCAAAUAUUUCGAACCUAUUUCUUAUGGAGAACUUUUCACAUAUACGACUGACUUAUAUAAACAGAACCUUGCACCAUUUAAAGAUUUGACAUAUGCUCCAAAGUAUUGUGUACAACUGAAGAAGAAAGCCGAGUCAAAAGAAGUAAAUAAAGCUAAAUGUAAGUUCAUUCCUGAGCACGUUUUCUUUGCUGACUUUGAAUGUAGCACUGAUGGAGUUCAUAAAGCUUUUAACAUCUGUUAUGACGGUGAAGAUGGUUCAGUGAGUGAAAGCAUUUGGGGUCAGAACUGUGCAACAGAAUUUUUGGAACGACUUCCUGACAAGAGUUUAAUAUAUUUCCAUAACCUCAGUCAUGAUAUAAACUUCAUCUUAAGACACAUGACAGAAGUGAAAGGAACUCCCAUCAUUAAAGGUUCACGAACAAUGCAGAUAACGGGAAUAUAUAAAGGUAAAGCAAUCAUUAUUAAAGAUUCAUACACUGUUAUAAAUAAGAAGCUUAAACUAUUUCCUGAAAUGUUUCAUUUGCAGUGUGGUGAAAAGGAAGUAUUUCCGUAUCAAUAUUAUUCAAGCUCUUUAUUAGCAAAUGACAACAGAACUGGUGUCAUUUCUGAAGCGUGUAAGUUUAUCCAGGAUGCGGAUACGUUCAUGAAAAACAUAGAUUCCAUCAAAGGUUGCAGAAUAGAUGAAAACCACUUCGACUUAGAAAAGUAUAGCACAUUUUAUUGCAAACAAUAUGUAAGAAUUUUAAGAGAAGGUUUUGUUAAGUUCCGCAAUGAUAUAUUAAAAGAAUUUGAUUUAAACGUUUAUGACUACGUUAGUAUUUGUUCUAUUGCUAACAAAUUAUUUGAGAACAGAGUGUACUUCCCGAAUGGAAAUUUAUAUGACCUCUCAAAUAAACCAAGAGAAUUUAUUUCACGCUGUAUUCAAGGUGGAAGAU